GUCUCACGAGCCCCACAUGCUGGACCCCUGAAAUCCGAACAAGCUCCCCUCUCAGCUUGCAGCUUCGACCUCGAACUGCGUACUGCCACAGCUUCACUGCCUCGGAUCUGACAUUCCGCAGGUACAUGGCGGCAAUUGACUUGACAUUGAUUCGCUGCCGCUAAUCCCAAAGAUCCAAUUGAUCUAACGACUGUCCUGCCUGCCGACGGCCAAGAUGAACACGCUCUACCUGGCCGCUCUGGCCCUCGUCCUCGUACCGACUCUAUACAUGUACACUGCGAACGCCAUUCGAUCUAGCUUUCCCACUAUCCGCGGAAAGCGUAUCUGCUUGCUCAUUGCGCAUCCCGACGAUGAGGCCAUGUUCUUUGCGCCCACGGUGCUAGCGCUCACCAGACCGGAGCUUGGGAACCACGUUAGGAUACUUUGUCUGAGCACAGGCGAUGCGGAUGGCCUAGGCGAAACGCGCAAGAGGGAGCUCGUCAAGAGUGGUCUGCUCCUGGGCCUUAAGGGCGAGGACGAUGUCUAUGUGGUGGAUAACCCGACUGACUUCCCUGAUUCGAUGACGACGACCUGGGAUGAAGCAAAGAUCGUCGACCUUCUCAACACGGCCCUCGCGCCCGAAGCCAACGAUCGCAAUGUCGACAAACCGCCCCAGACAAACGCCGAUGUACUCUUGACUUUUGACGGCCAAGGUGUCUCGUCGCAUCCAAACCACAUAUCUCUAUACCAUGGCGCCCGAGCCUUUGUCGCAGGUCUCGUCAAAGGGCGACCUGGAUGGAAGAGCCCCGUCGAUCUAUACACCCUCACAUCCGUCAACAUGGUACGAAAGUACAGUUCUAUUUUGGACGUCUUCGCCACUAUAACCAUGCAGGCAUUUCGGGGGAUACGCGGCGGCAAGGAAAGGCCUGCUAGCCUAGUCUUCGCGAGCCAACUGUUCGGCAGCAAGGGCGCAUGCUAUGCUACAGGACGCAAAGCCAUGACAGAAGCGCACGUCAGCCAGAUGCGUUGGUUCCGACACGGGUGGAUCAGUCUCAGUCGUUAUAUGGUUGUGAAUGACCUGCGCCUCGACAACGACAAGGAGAGGUGAGGUAGGCUCUCAAGCGGAGAGGCAGCUGCAAAUGGGCAGUCUGGAAACCGAACAGAUAUGUGGCACAAAUCAACUACCACCUGGGUCCGUGUUCAAGGCCAAAGCAAGCGGACGAGUGUCGCUGAUACCCAGCUCAACAGAGACGCACAGA